AUGAUGUGCAUGUUCGACCUUUUCAAAAACUGUCUCAUCCUUAGGCAUCGCCGGUCUCAUGACAUCACGGUGGUGCCGACUACGAAGGGAUCCUUCGGUCUGACAAGAUCCUCGUCGACAACUUCAAUCAUAUCGUGCACCAAGAAACAAGAUGAUCUCCCUCCUCUGGGCACUUUGCCCAGAAACACCAGCAACGGAAACAGCUCACGGCCAAUUUCCCUGAUCUCCACCCCGAUACCGGAACCACCGAAUCUUCCGGCGCGACCGAAUAGUAUUUUGGGAUUACCCUCGAUACCGGAGAUAUCGAAUGCGAAAAUUUCUCCUGAAGCUAUCAAGAGAAUCACAAUAAUCCCGGAUGAUUCUGGAUCCUUUGAUGCCUUCCCGAUCGAGCCGGAGUAUUCGGAGCCCUUGGGUAGCAUCGACUCGGCGCUCCCCCCUGAGAAAAUCUACCCAGACGGUGAUGAUUACCCAUACCAUGACAUCUACGAGGAGAUCCGGCAUCGGGACCACAUAAGGGAGGACGACCUGCCUGACGUAGUCACGUCCGCCUACGCAUCGGGAGAUCAGGUCUAUCAGGAGCUACUGGACCUCGUCAAAGAAGAAGAGAUAAAGGAAGAGAAGCGCAGGAGUCAACUAUUUUCAGCAGAAACGAAAGGGAAUUCCGUGAACUCCCUUGAUAGUUCCGACGGCAGUUAUUCCCCGGCGGAAUCCAAUCCCACCGAUGACCGGGACAAUCUCCGAGAUCUUUACGCUGUGCCGAAACGUACUAGGACCGAGGGGCCUCGAUUACCACCUCGUCGAGUCAAGAGCAACCACAAAGGAGAUCCGAACUGGGCGCCCAAAGUUCCCGAGAAAUCUAGUCUGCUGCGGCGCAGUUUGUCCGACACGGGAGGAGCGAACGACGAUAAUAAUAAUAAUAAAAGGAAUAAUGAAAGCGAUCGCCAAAUGAAGGGAACGCAUCAACAGCGCGGGGAUACGGAGGCGAACGAAAAUGGAAGCGAGACGAGACAUUACGAGGUGACGCUAGUCGACAAUCGCAAGCAGUCCAGUCGCGAGGACAAUGUUUCAGUCGUCUCGGAAGACGCUGUUAACGUCGCUACAACAACCAUAGUCAUAGGAGACGUGACUGUCGCGAAAUCGAUGGCGAAACUGAAUGAAAUUGCUCUGUAUGAGGAAUCACACGUCCGGAACGAUCGAUUGAUCUGA